AUGGCCGGAGCCAUGGACCGGCAGCGACCGGGAGUUGGGAGGACGGGAGCUGCCAGCCGGUGGGCGGGGGAGGCACCGGGAACCUGCGAGCGCCGACGGUGGCAGAUCUCGGCGCGGGCGGCAGCAGGAGAACCUGCACGGCGGUGGCGCGAUGAUCGGAGCGGCGCUACAGCGGUAGGUACCUGCAACCUGCGCACAAUGGCAAAUGACAAUUGCCCUGAGGAUGCAGACGGAACCCGCUGUGCUUUCUCUGCCUGUGCCAGCGGGAAUGCACUGCCCCGCUGCGCGUUUGGGUUCGCUUCCACCGUGACGGGAGGCGCUGGCGGACAGUCUUAUGUUGUCACGAGCUCUGAAGACUCCCCGCAGUCCCCGCAGCCGGGAAGUCUGAGAUACGGCAUUGGCAAGGGAAACGUGUGGAUCACCUUCUCCCAGAGCAUGAAGAUCAUUCUCAAGGACAGGCUGUGGAUUCAAAGCUCCACCACCAUUGACGGCCGGGGCUUCAGCGUGACAAUUGGCGGCGGCCAGCUCGUCAUGCGAGAAGUCUCGAAUGUCAUUCUGCACAACCUACAGAUCGACGCCCCUACAAACUAUGACCAGAACAGCAUUUAUGUGGAUGGGGAUUCCACACUCGUGUGGAUGGACCAUCUCACAUCUGUGGAUCCCAGUCGCAUGACAGGCACUGGAAAAAUCAUCUCUGUCAGCAACGCUAGCACCGACGUCACCAUUUCAAACUCGCUCCUCGCCAAUGCAUUCUAUAGCGUUCUGCUGGGCAGCUCAGACGAGGAGCGGCAGGACACUUGUAUGCGUGUCACGGUGUAUAGAAACUGGUUCAAGGAUUCCGUUGAGCGCAUGCCUCAUUGCCGGUGGGGAUAUUGCCAUGUUGUUAACAACCUCUACACCAACUGGACUUACUUUGCCAUUGGCGCCCGCACUCAUGCCACCAUCGAGUGCGAAGCUAAUGUAUUUGAGGCGGGCUCCAAAAAAGAGAUAAUCCCCUGGGAUUCUAGUUUAGCCAAAACAUUAGACCAGACCCCCCACAUCGACUCCAAAGACGAUCUGCUCCUCAAUGGGGCUACUUUCCAUCAGUUUCUUAAAACAUCAGCGGUAACUGCUUCUCCCCCUCACAAAGUAAACUCCCCACCUGUGUUGCCACCUCAACAACUUUCUUCUCUGUUGCGACGCUGCGCAGGAGCACUUGAUCCUUCACAAGCCCGUGCAUGUCUUGCUCCCUGA